AUGCCUAAGAAACCAGUGACAAAUCAAAAGCCUCCAAAUCUUUGGCAACAUAAGGGAAAUUUUCAGAAAAAGACUUUUCCACCACCACCGGCAAAGAAUGUGACAAAUACAACAAACAAGAAGGUAGAUGAAGAGACUAAGAGUGAACUUCGAAGGAAAAAGCUUUGUUUCACCUGUAGGGAGCCAUGGGGUCCAGGACAUAGGUGUUUGGGAAAAGGUCAAGUGCACUAUAUUGAGGUUGCUUCAGAAUCUAAUUCAGAUGAGCAUGAGGAAUUUCAUGACACUAAGGAAGAAGAAGAAGAAGAGAAAGAAAAAGAAAUCAGCAAGGGUGGCACUUUGGCAACAUUAUCAGGAGUACCGAGAUAUCAUCCUUUCCGCAUCCGAGGGGUAUUAGUAGGGUGGAGGAUGAUAGUCCUUCUAGAUAGUGGGGCAACUCACAAUUUUAUAGAUGAGGGGUUUGUCAUAAAAAGAGGACUUAAAGCAGAAGAUUUUGAAGGGUUCAAUGUCACUGUAGUUGAUGGAUUCACUAUGCCUUGCACACAUGUGGUAAAACAACUCAAGAUGACUUUGGGAGAAUAUGAGCUUUGUGAUGACUUCUAUGUUGUUGGAAUUGGAGAAACAGAUAUUGUAUUAGGUGUUCAAUGGUUACACUCUAUUGGGGGCUAUUACAUGAACCAUCAAGCAAUGUUGUUCAAGUUCCAGUCCAAUGGGAAAGAAGUCCUAUUAAGGGGCUUAUCAAAUGGAGCACCCAGGGUGGUCACUGCAAAGAGGAUGGAGAGGACCUUUCGAAGAGGACAAGUAGCAUGGGUAGCAGGAAUCAUAAUCCAUCCCACGAGCUCUUCCAAGGGACAAGGUAAUUUCCAUUUUGAAAUUCAGAAAAUUCUUGAUAAGAAUAGUCUAGUUUUCAAUGAUUUGCCCCUAGGAUUACCACCAGAUAGGGGAUUUGAGCAUGUUAUAGAAUUAGAACAAGGUGCAAAACCUGUUAUAACUACUCCAUACCGCCAUCCAAGGGGUUAUAAAGAGGAAAUAGAAAAGACUAUUAAGGAACUCUUGGACAUGGGAUUCAUAAGGCCUAGCUCUAGCCCAUUUGCAUCUUCUGUGGUACUUGUGAAGAAAAAGGAUGGUACAAUGAGAAUGUGCAUAGAUUACAGGGCCCUAAACAAGAAGACCAUAAAAAAUAGGUAUCCCAUACCUCAUAUAGAUGAGCUUAUUGAUGAGUUACAUGGUGCGUUAUACUUUUCAAAAAUUGACUUGAGAUCGGGUUACCAUCAGAUUCGCAUGAGGAAGGAAGAUGUGGAAAAGACUGCUUUUAGAUGUCACUAUGGGCACUUUGAAUUUCUUGUUAUGCCCUUUGGUCUUACUAAUGCACCAACAACAUUCCAAUCUUGUAUGAAUAAGCAAUCCUUCUAUGCUAAAUUAUUCAAAUGUGAGUUUGGUUUGACUGAGAUUCUAUACUUGGGACAUGUUAUAAGCUGCAAGGGAGUACAGGUUGAUCAACAAAAGAUUCAAGCAAUUUUGGAUUGGCCACCACCCACCAGUCUUACACAGUUGAGGGGGUUCUUUGGGUUGUGUAGCUACUAUAGAAGGUUUGUCAAAGGAUUUUCUCAGCUUGCUGCCCCUUUGACUGAUUUGACUAAGAAAAGAGCCUUUGUAUGGAUAUAA